GUAUCGUUUAAUUUUGUUUUGUGUUUUUAAAUCAAAAAUGGAGAGAUCAGACCACAUUCAGGCGAUCGUAGAAGAUAUUCCUGCCACCGAUUUUCAAUAUUCCGGUGGGUAUGAAAAGGGACCUAAGGAUCACGGUGGCGAGAACGAGACGAAGCGCGGUAAUUGGACGGGCCGCUUCAACUUCCUGCUGUCACUGCUGGGUUACAGCGUGGGCCUGGGCAAUGUGUGGCGCUUCCCCUAUCUCUGCUUUAACAAUGGAGGGGGUACGUUCCUGAUUCCAUUUACAGUGAUGCUGAUAGUAGUCGGUCUGCCAUUGCUGUUCAUGGAGCUAUCUUUCGGGCAGUAUGCAGCUUUGGGCCCAGUCGCCGCCUACGACAGAUUCUGCCCUCUCUUCCGCGGCCUCGGCUAUGGCAUGGUCAUCGUCUCCAGUAUAGUUACGCUCUACUACAAUGUGAUCAUCGCGUGGACUAUAUAUUAUAUGGCAGUGUCGUUUAUCAGCAUUUCCUAUCAGCUGCCCUGGCAAAACUGCGAUGCCGAAUGGAGCACUAAGAAUUGCUAUUCGUACAAAGAAGCGGAUGAAUGUAAAGCAAAAAAUGGAACAUAUUACUUAAGACAAUGUCUUAAUGAAAGCUAUGCCGCUCUACAAGACACAGCCGCACUUGCCGAUGUUGCUCUCAGAAAACCUCCUACAGAAGAAUAUUUCACUAACAAAGUUCUAGGAUUAUCUUCGGGAAUCGAGGAAAUAGGCCAAGUUCGCUGGUUUAUGGCUGUGUGUCUCUUCGCUGCUUGGCUAAUCGUAUUUCUCUGUAAUUUCAAGGGAGUCCAAUCAUCAGGAAAGGUCGUUUAUUUCACUGCCCUGUUUCCUUAUGUGGUGUUCGUGAUUUUGUUCUUCCGAAGUGUGACCUUACCCGGAGCUUCUACUGGCAUUCUCUUUUAUUUGACACCUGAUUUUAGUCAAUUAGCUAAUGUGCAGGUCUGGGAAGACGCGGUGGUGCAAACAUUGUUAUGCCCGGCUUUGAGCCCGGGCUGGGGAGGACUGAUAACCCUUUCAUCUUAUAACAAUUUUUCCAACAACUGUUACACUAACGCAUUGAUUGUGGCUGUGUCGAACAUAGUGACGUCAUUCUUCGCGGGUCUGGUCAUCUUCUCGGUGAUCGGUUUCCUGGCGCACGAACUGAACAUGGGCGUGGACUGCGUAGUGGGUCAGGGUGCUGGUGCCUUCGUCGUCUACCCGGAGGUGGUCACCAGGCUGUCAUUUUCGCCACUUUGGUCUAUUCUUUUCUUUGGGAUGCUAUUGGCACUUGGUCUGGAUUCACAGUUCGCGCUGAUGGAGACGGUGUCAACAGCAAUACUUGAUCGUUUUCCGAAUUUCCGACAGAAUAAAGAAGGUGUACUGAUGACAGUCGCUUUAUUUGGCUACUUAGGAGGUCUUAUUUUCACCACAAAUAGCGGAAUGUACUGGCUGCAAUUGAUGGACAAGUACGCAGCGAACUGGUCGGUGCUGAUCAUGGCCUUCGGCGAAUGCAUCCUCAUAGCGUGGAUCUACGGCGCAGAGAAAUUCUGCCAUGACAUUCAGGGCAUGAUCGGCCGCAAGUCCAAGCUCUGGGUCAUUUUCUGGAGCGUCAUGUGGCGUAUCAUAACCCCCGCUGCUCUAAUGUUAAUAAUGGUGUUAAACUGGAUCGUAUACAAGCCUUUAUCGUACGGACACUACGUGUACCCGAUGUGGGCGGAAGCCGUGGGCUGGACGAUCGGAGUGCUGCCUGUGGUCGUGGUAGUGCUCAUGGCUGUUCAUCAGACAUGCAGUGGAUCCGAUGAUCUUACAAUAUUGGAGAAAGUAUGCCUGCUGUUGCGUCCAACGGAGGAGUGGCGCCCGGCAGGCACGAAGUGCGCGCUGGGUACGCCGGCGAAAAGCGUGAUGCGUACCGAGCCAGAGCUGUCGCCGCCAGUAAUGCGCGAGUGCAGCGAUUUACCCCACCUACACCCGCUUGUUGUAAUGCAGUCUGCAGACAAUACUCCAUGUCAAGAUAAAAUAGAAACUACAUGUAUAACUGGAUCAGUUGAGAACGAAGUGAGAAAGGCAGCUGCAUCACCUAAACCUAAACACAGUUCGAUAAGAAGUAAAAUACCGAAUUUUAAUGACGAUUCAGAUGAUACAGUUAAUGAACUACAUUUUUCGUCAAAAAACGAUGUCAGUGAACUUUAUCAAAAUGCAAAAGUUGUUACUUUAAAAUCUAAAACUGAUCAAAAAAACGAAUUAUCUGAUAAUAUACACAUUAUCUCUCAAGUACAAAACAAUUCCCCGACGACUUCUACUUUUUCUGUAAAUAUUACUUUUAAAAGUGUUACGGUAGAUGUCGCAAGUGUUAGCACAUCCGUAACAGUACCUAUGAAUACAAAUAUAUUUGGUGACAUCGAUACUACCACCUCAAAAUCUACAAAAAGUUCAUUAAUUGUUGAAAUCGAUAACACUAAAUCUUCUGCUUAUAGCCCAAGUCCCUUAAUUUUUACAACGGCUAAAAUACAUACAGAUAAUAUAACAAAAGAAAUGGAACCUCUUCAUGUAACGCCAGUCCCUAUUUUAUCUACUAUAGAAGGUAAUGUAAUUAAAUCUAUUCCAAGUAUACUUGAUAGCAGUGAAAAAUAUUACGACGCAGGAAAAUCUAAAAGCGAAAGUCAGCCAAAGUGUAGUAAUGAAACUGAUUAAAGUAACAUUAAUAUUCAAAUAUAAAAUCAACAGUAUGUUGUAGACGAGAACGAAAGACAAACUUCAAACGGUGUUUAAAGGUACGCGUCCAUUGACCAGCGCCGGACGCACUGCACGCAAGGUUCGCAACGGAUUUUACUUUGCUUUGUAUGAUUUUACAUAGAGCUGCAUCCAACAUCCGCGCCGCCCUGAUUGCUUCAAGACAAAGCAAAUCCGUUUAAUCCGUGUGGCCAAUAGACGCGUACCCAUAGUGUUUCUAUUUAAGGAUUAAUUUGGCAAUUCAUUUGAAAAUUCACUAGAAAUGGGUAAGUAAGUAAAAUCGGUUAUAAAUAUUUUGGAUUUUU